UGUAUUGCAUAAAAUGAAUUCAGUCCUGAAUAAAAAUUAAAAUGAAUAAUAUAAACGAUAACAACAAUUAAACACUUUGUGUGAUUAUAACUAUUAAACGGGAAUUCAUUUUUGCAUCAUUCGAUAUCGAAAGUUACUCCUCUAUUACUCAUACAAAAAUCAUUUGGUAACCUCACUUUUUCUAAUGGCAAGAGAAAGGGUUUAUUACAAUAAAUAAUUUCCUAUUACAACGAUCAACACAAAAAAUUAACUUAAAGUUUUUAACAAAAUGGAAUUAAUUGAAGCUAAAAUAACGGCGAUGAUCGUAUUGGGUUUGAGUAGUUUAAUAAUCGGGUUAUUACCGGCCCUAUUUACUCGAUUAACGACGAGAAUUCCAAAAUUAUUUUUAUCCUGUUUGUUGUGUUUCGGUGCGGGCGUAUUAUUAUCAACAUCUUUGUUACAUUUAUUACCGGAGAUUCGCGAAGAUUUAGGCGCUGAAAAUGAAAAAUACGCCGAAUUAAUUUUAUGUUGUGGUUUCUUUAUUUUGUAUUUUGUUGACGAAUUUGUAAAUAUCUUUACAAAGACACAUCAUCAUCACCAUCAGGUUCAACCACAAAAUUAUGGAUCAACUUCAGAAGUAAAUGAAAAUACUCCAUUGAAUGGAAGACAAGUUGAAAACGAAGAUAUUUCACAGUUGUGUCAUAUCGGACAUGAAGAACCUUGUAGUAAUAACUUUACUGGUAUUUUUAGUUUAUUGUUAGCUUUGACUAUUCAUGCUGUUUUGGAGGGAUUAGCUGUUGGGUUAGAAAAUAGUACUGAACAGGUUCUUAUGAUGUUGGCAGCUGUAGCAUCUCACAAACUGGUUGUGGGAUUUUGUUUAGGUGCUGAAUUAUCAUCAGUAAGACAAAUAAGUCCUUGUCAAUAUUUUAUAGCAAUAGGAUUAUUUGCGUUUGGUUCUUCAUUAGGAAUUGGAAUAGGAACAAAAAUAGCCAAUUUACCCCAAGUUUUACCGCCUUUGUUGAUGCCAAUUUUGCAAGGUUUAGCUGGUGGGACAUUAUUAUAUGUAACAGUAAUUGAAGUUUUACCCAGAGAAAGAGCUCAAUGGCACAAAUCCCAUUUAAGAUCACCAGGCAUUUUACAAUUACUAUCAACAUUGAUGGGAUUUACAGUUAUGACUGUACUUAUUUUUUAUGUGUAAAUAUUGACAAUCAAAGUAACUUAACAAAAUGUGAUAAUAAGCUUUUCUUAGAUAUUAAUGACAAUAACAACUUUGUUAUACAA